AUGACGAAUAUUGCUUUGAUUCCAAAAGGUGACUCGCAUGUCUCUAUGAAGGAUUGGCGCGUCGCUUUCUGCAAUGUUGUGUAUAAAAUUGUAGCCAAAGUCCUUGCAAAUAGAUUAAAAGGAGUUCUUGACAAGUGUAUUUCAGAUAAUCAAUCUGUUUUCGUUCCAGGAAGAUCAAUUUUGGACAAUGCGAUGGUUGUGAUUGAACUUGUGCAUCAUAUGAAAUCAAAAGUGCCAGGAAACAAAGGUGAUGCGGCUUUUAAGCUGGAUAUUAGUAAGGCAUAUGAUAGGAUAGACUGGAACUAUCUUAAGUGUGUUAUGCUUAAAAUGGGUUUUUCUCAUCAAUGGGUUAAGUGGAUAAUGAUGUGUGUGGAGACUACCGACUACUCGGUAAUAGUUAAUGACGAGGCAGUUGGUCCUAUUAUUCCAGGUCGAGGACUAAGACAAGGAGAUCCUUUGUCGCCAUACUUAUUCAUUAUUUGUGCAGAAGGACUUUCCUCUUUAAUUCGGAAGGCAGAAGCUAGUGGUGACAUUUAUGGAGUCAAAAUUUGCACAAAUGCUCCUAUAGUCUCCCAUCUGCUGUUUACGGAUGAUUGCUUUCUCUUUUUUAGAGCAGAGCCUGCUGAAGCGACAAUUACAAAAAAUAUUCUAGCAGUUUAUGAGAAAGCUUCGGGACAAGUAAUCAAUUUUCAAAAAUCAGAGAUUUUCUUCAGCAGGAAUGUUUGUCAGACAAAGCAAACUGAUAUCACAAACAUUCUUGAGGUACAAGUUGUUCUUGGCACUGGGAAGUAUUUGGGAUUACCAUCUAUGAUCGGAAGGAGCAAAAAAGCGACGUUUAAUUUUAUCAAGGAUCGUAUUUGGAAAAGGAUCAAUUCAUGGGGCAGCAAGUGUCUAUCAAAAGUUGGGCGUGAGGUAUUCACUGGCUUUCUUGGGAUAAUUUAUCUACACAAAAUUGAUGGUGGAAUGAGCUUCAAAAGCUUGCCUGUUUUUAAUCUAGCAAUGUUGGGAAAGCAAGGAUAUGUUACUUUAAUCCCACCAUCUCAAGGUGAUUUUCAUCUCUCUAACUUAAGGGUGUCACAUUGUAUGCUGCAUAAUCACAAGAGUUGGGAUGUUCCUUUUCUGGAAUCUAUUUCUGAUCAACAAAUUGUCAAUCAUAUCACCAAUACACCAUUGUUUACGUCAGUGAAAAAAGAUAGACUUAUCUGGAGUAAAGAAAAUAAUGGAGAUUAUACAGUUCGUAGUGCCUAUCGUCUUUGUAUGCAAGAACUGCUCGACGUUUCUGCUUUUAAAAUUCCUGGAAAUUGGGCAAAGAUUUGGAAGUUAAAAGCGCCUCCCAAGGUCAAAAACUUCAUGUGGAGAAUUGUUAGGAAUGUGUUGCCAACAAGAAUGCGGUUUAGAGAUAAGAGAGUGAAUUGUUCUGACAAUUGUGUUCUUUGUGAUUCUGGUAUAGAAAAUAACUUUCAUCUAUUAUUUUCCUGUCCAAAUAGCAUCAAUGUAUGGAAUUUGUCUGCUAUAUCCACUGCUGUCAUGUCUGUUGCAAGUGAAGAGGUGGACUGCAAAGCUUGUAUUUUUCGCAUUUUGCAGGACUUUUCAAGUGGAGAUGCAUCGCUGUUUGCUUGUAUCCUUUGGAGUAUUUGGAAGCAACGCAACAACGUGUGGAAUAACGUUAAAGAUGUGCGAGCCUUUGUUUUAGAGAGAGCCGAGUCAUUGCUUUAUGAAUGGACAGCUGCCAAAAAUGUUAAAACCAGAACAGAUUCAGGUGGAACCAGAAUGUUACAACAGCAGCAACAAAACCAAAGGUUUAAGUGGCAGAAACCAAGCGCAGGUAGAUUCAAAUGUAACAUAGACAAUUCCUUUCCAAUCAACAACAACCGAGUGGGUAUUGACAUAUGUAUUAGAGACGAGGAAGGCGUGUUUGUGAUUGCAAAAACGGAAUGGUUUGAGCACAAGCAUGAGGUGCAUAUUGGAGAAGCUUUGGGUUUGUUAUCAGCUCUUCAAUGGGUUCAUGAAUUGAGGUUAGGACCAAUAGACUUUGAACUUGACUCAAAGACGGUUGUCGACAACUUUGCCUCUAACAAGCAAAAUUAUACGGAAUAUGGUGCUAUUAUCAAUGAAUGUAAAUCCGUAUUUAGUCAGUAUUAUGAAAACUCUAGUGUUGAGUUUGUACGGAGACAAGCAAACGAGAUUGCCCAUAAGUUAGCAAAGGUGGCCGUAUUGUCAGCUAGUUUCCAGCUCCUAGUGGAGCCACUUGAUUGUAUUGAACACAUUUUGACUAGUGAAAUGAUAUAA